CCGGAUUUCUAGUGCGCAGCCUCGGCAUUGCCAAAAGCUGCCUGCUGUUUGGCAGCAGCGUUAUGAUCGGCUCUUUUCUGCAGAUCUACGCAGUGGCAAACCGCAUCUAUCUACUCGCGGUCGUUGGGCGUGUGCUCUUUUGGGCGGGGAUAUCGACAACAGGGAUCGUGCAGGUGGUCCUCUGCUUCCUGCUCUUCAGCAACAAGUACGCGGCGAUUGCACAAGCUGGGGUCCUUGCGGCUUGCAGGAUUGGUACUGGUCGUCACAUCAAAUACUGCACUGAAUAUGAUGAUGUUCGUGAAGAUGAUCAGAAAGUCUGAAAUGUGUGUUUGUAGAAGUACUAAAGUAGAACGAUGAUCUCUAUCCUAUUUGCAAACAAAGAAAACCCCAAAAAAGGUGCCACAGUUGGUUAUAUUUUGUCGGACAAGCUGAAGCAUAUGUAUCGCGUGGAGCCUGAUGACGACCCGUCUAAUGCAUGUGCGUUUCUUUCGGCGCUCAAGCUGUCGUAUGUUUUCGUUUCUGUGUCCGGGUGUUGUUAUCUUUUUUUCGCUUACCUCUAUGCCGG